AUGUAUUGUGCCAUUCAUAGCACAUUACCACUAUUCAUUACUUAUUUAGAUGCAGUAGAUAGACUGGCAACAAAUGUGAUAAAAGACCACGAAACUAUGGACUGUCCUUUUUUAUGGAAAGAUUCAACCGAUCCAAGGACAGUCCAUAGACAGGCCGGUCGUUUAGGAUCACUUGACAUCCCUAAUAAUUAA